AUGGGAGGUACUGAGAAGUCCGAUGCUUCGUCGGCAUCGUUAUGUCAAGUGUGCAAAAACAACGACUUCAAGUACACUUGCCCUGCAUGCAGUAUGAGGACUUGUAGUCUCGAAUGUGUCAAUGCCCACAAGGCCAAGACCAACUGCACAGGCAAGAG